AUGACAAUCCGUGAAAAUAUAAUCGCAUCUGCCGUAGUCCUACAGGAUCCAAAUGUUGCGGCCUCACCUAUUGAGAACCGGAUUGCUUUUUUGCAAUCUAAGAACCUUACUCAGGAAGAAAUUGAUGAGGCAAUGUUAAGAGCUAGCGGAACUGUCUCACCAUCUAACUAUCAAAAUACUACUUCUCAGCAUCAAAUAGUACAACCUUCCAAAGCUUCAUACAGAAAUUAUCAGUACUCUUCAUGGCAGGCACCGCCCCCAAUACCCACCAGAGAUUGGAGAGAUUGGUUUAUUAUGGCAACCAUAAUGGGUGGUGUCGGAUUUGGUUUACUCACAGUCGCUAAACGUUACAUUGUUCCUCUGAUUGCUCCUCCAACUCCGCCACAACUGGAGCAGGAUAAAAAAGCUAUUGAUGAGUCCUUCGAAAAAGCAUUUUCCUUGCUGGACCAACUGUCCAAAGACACCGAGUUGCUCAAGACAUCAGAAGAAACUCGAACGAAGCGACUAGAUGCUGCUUUAACCGAAGUUGAAAGUGUUACAAAUGAUCUUAAAGCAGCUAGCCGACGAAGAGAAGACGAAUCACGAAGGAUUACUGACGAAGUGCAAACUUUUAGAAACCUCAUUCCAAAGGCCAUUGAAGAACAGAGAGGAAAAACUGAUGCUCGGCUUAAAGAAAUCAAUGCUGAACUCAAGAGUCUUAAGCUAUUGAUGGGCCAAAGAAUAAACUCUGCGAAUCCAAAUGCCUUUGGACGAGCAUCAUCGACAGGGAUAUCGACUGGAGCAUCUGUGGACGAAGUAACGUCAUCUGAAAUCUCAGAGGCAAAAUCUACAACACCUCCUGCUAAUAAUGUAGUACCAAGUAUGUUCAAUGCUGGCUAUGGUGGUAAGGCAUCCAUUCCUUCUUGGCAACUAGCGGCGAAUAGAAGUGCAAGCUCUACAACCCAAAGCGGCAGUAUCGGCGGUGGCAUAGAACAGGGUAGUACUACUCAUGAUGAGUAG